UGCCAGCCCUGCGCCUCCAAAUCGCAAUCACUUCCUAACCUCCCCCUUUUUAUCAUAUUUGAUCACUUUGAUACUCCGUUCUCCUCUUUUAUUAUUUCUGCUACACGCAAAGGAAGCCCAGGAGGUUGCGAUCUUUUUUUUGUUUCCGUAUCGCUACCGGUCGCCUGGAGAGUUGACUUCAUAUUUGACUUUAGCACGCAGACUUGGGUUUGUGCGCGCGGUGGCUAGCGCUACCUUAUCUGGGAGGAAAAAAGGAAGAAACGGCGAUGUUUGGGUCCAGUUGUUGGUUUUUUACAAUACUUUAAGACUGGAACUUGGUAGUCCGUUUUGUUUCUGUAAUCUAUACAUACGCUUUCAUUUUCCGCUUGUCUGAACGUUGCUAAGUUAUAUUGGCCCCAUUCCUAACAGACUCUUGCUUUUCUUUGGUCGUCGUAUUUAUUUUCCACUUUUAUUGUGUUUUUUCUUCCACGGCUUUCCUGGAUGGAUGACUGCAAGCGCGUCUGGACGUGGCCUCUAAGAAUAGGACUGCGAUUUGACUUGUCUUGUCUGUUCUAACCAGUCUCAUAACCGACAUUUCGUCGUCAGCGAGCGAGUUUCAGUGGGGUAAAAACACAGGGCGCAUUUUCCUCGCCCCAUCAAGAAACCUCGACGUGCUGGGUUGCUUUAGAACUAAAGGCACUACGACACGCUGGCAGCAAUAUAGGACGAAAAACGAAACAACAACAAAAAACGGACGACACAAAGUUGCGGACUGAUUAGAUAUGGCAAUGGUAGUGUGGAGGGGCUCCCAGGACGAUGUGGCCGAGACGCAAGGCGCCCUCUCAUCGCAAGCCCAAGGCGGACUAACCCUUGCGACCCCUCAGCCGGGCCAGCUGAACCUUACGGCCUCACAGGUCGCACCUCCGACCCCGCAAACUCCUGUUCAAGGAGCGCCGAAUAGCAACUCACAAUCCACGCCAGCGAACCAGACGUCGCAGAGUCAGUCGGACAAGCAGCAGCAGCAACACAUCGAGUGUGUGGUAUGCGGCGACAAGUCGAGCGGCAAGCACUACGGCCAGUUUACAUGCGAGGGCUGCAAGAGCUUCUUCAAGCGUAGCGUCCGGCGCAACCUCACAUACACAUGCCGCGCCAAUCGGAAUUGUCCCAUCGACCAGCACCACCGGAAUCAGUGUCAGUACUGCCGCCUUAAAAAAUGCCUCAAAGUUGGCAUGAGACGGGAAGUUUCUCUUUUUGCAGCGGUCCAGAGGGGCAGAAUGCCGCCCACGCAGCCGCACCACGGGCAGUUCGCCUUGACGAACGGGGACCCUCUGCACUGCCAUUCCUACCUAUCGGGAUAUAUUUCACUGCUGCUGCGAGCAGAACCCUACCCCACGUCGCGCUAUGGCAGUCAGUGUAUGCAGCCCAACAACAUCAUGGGCAUCGAGAACAUUUGCGAACUGGCGGCGCGCAUGCUGUUCAGCGCUGUCGAGUGGGCAAGGAAUAUUCCAUUCUUCCCAGACUUGCAGAUCACAGACCAGGUGGCUCUGCUUAGGCUUACCUGGAGCGAGUUGUUCGUCCUUAACGCGGCCCAGUGCUCCAUGCCACUUCAUGUAGCUCCUCUGCUAGCCGCCGCAGGCCUCCAUGCGUCCCCCAUGUCCGCGGACAGAGUGGUCGCCUUUAUGGACCACAUUAGGAUCUUCCAGGAGCAAGUUGAAAAGCUCAAAGCAUUACAUGUCGACUCAGCUGAAUACAGCUGCUUAAAAGCCAUCGUGUUAUUCACCACAGAUGCUUGCGGUCUCUCAGACGUGGCCCACAUCGAAAGUUUGCAGGAGAAGUCACAGUGUGCGUUGGAGGAGUACGUGCGGAGCCAGUACCCUAACCAACCUACACGAUUUGGGAAGUUAUUACUACGCCUGCCUUCUUUGCGCACAGUGUCUUCUUCGGUCAUAGAGCAAUUAUUUUUCGUCCGAUUGGUAGGUAAAACCCCAAUUGAAACCCUCAUCCGGGAUAUGUUGCUGUCAGGGAGCAGUUUUAACUGGCCAUACAUGUCCAUUCAAUAACUCAAAGAAAGGAUCGGAAAUGGGGGUCCACUAGUUAGCGCCAUUCUCAAAGAAAGAAACCGGCUUUUACAUGAGUUAACCUUCUUGGGGGAAAAAGACAUUUUUAUAAAUAACUGUAAAUCUUGAAAUAUGAAACAUUUGAAGAAAUUACUUUGUGCGGGCUGGGGUGGGUGGUUUAAUUUAGUUUUUUCUUUUUUGAAACAAAGGAAAGACAAAAGAACCAAAUGAGUUACAGGGAAGGAAAAAUCACUGGACGGAUCUUAAAUAUUACUUCUGGAGAAAGGAAACUCUAAAGUACAUAUAGGACGGUACAUUUGAGAAAUGUGAAAGAAAGUAAAAGGUCUGUUUUCUUUUUCCCCAAAUGGCUCUUAUGUCAUGUGUAAAUGUAUCUAUCGCUGUUUUUGUACGUUUUUUUUUUGUUUGUUUUUUUCCAAACCGGCCGAUGUGAUUCUGUAGUAUGAAGUUGGUGUUUUUUUUUUUUUUUUAUUAAACCAGUUGUAAAGACGUUUAAAAAUGAAAGCAACUGUACAGCAAUAUAGGAUAAUAUACGUAUAAAUCCUGAAAGCGCACUUACCCUUUCUGUCCAUAAAUAAGCGAAAAUGAGGACUUCUGUACUCAAAUAAAAAGAAUAGUAAUUUAAAAUCCAGUUGAGACCCUGUUUGAGACCAUGCACCUGUUUGUAUCUUACAAUGGCAUUAAUCCUUGUAUUCCUAUAGGACAUAUUACACUACUAGACCUGUGUGUGUGUGUGUGUGUGUGUGUGUGUGUGUGUGUGAGAGAGAGAGAAAGAGAGAGAGAGAGAGAG